GCCAAAAGCUCUAACGUUACAAACUUUUGUGCUAUUAGAGAUCACUGCGUGUGUGUAAGCUUUUUGCCUUUUUGUUAUAUUGAGAAAGUGAAACGUGGAUUCCCCUUAUAUGGUAACUGUGCCUUUGACGAAUACAAAGAGAUAAAGGAAUCAGCGAAUAGGAAAAUCUGCAUUGAUACUAUGGCAAGUGAUGAUGAUAUAUAUACACAAGAUGGGACCAUUACCAUCUCCAGAAAACCUGCCAACAAGAAAAAAACUGGAAAUUGGAAAGCUUGCUCUUUUAUUCUUGGGAAUGAAUGUUGUGAAAGAUUGGCAUACUAUGGUAUGAGUACAAACCUGGUGAACUAUCUUCAGGAACGUUUCAACCAGGGAAAUGCAACUGCUGCAAAUAAUGUCACAACUUGGUCAGGCACAUGCUACAUCACACCAUUGCUUGGAGCCUUUUUAGCUGAUUCAUACUUGGGAAGAUACUGGACAAUUGCCAGUUUCUCAACUAUCUAUGUCAUUGGAAUGAUACUUUUAACACUGUCUGCUACUGUCCCUGGACUAAAGCCUUCAUGUGAUGCUAAUGGUUGCCAUCCAACAUCGGCACAAACCGCGGCUUGCUUCAUAGCACUCUACUUGAUUGCUCUUGGAACUGGUGGCAUCAAACCAUGUGUCUCAGCUUUUGGUGCAGACCAAUUUGAUGAAGCGGAUGAGAAAGAGAGAAUGAGGAAGGGCUCUUUCUUCAACUGGUUUUACUUCUCUAUUAAUAUUGGUGCUCUUAUAGCUUCCUCAGUAUUAGUUUGGAUACAAAUGAAUGUGGGUUGGGGAUGGGGUUUUGGAGUUCCUGCUGUUGCAAUGGUGGUUGCAAUUAUAUUUUUCUUUGGUGGGAGUAAGCUCUACAGACUUCAAAUACCUGGAGGCAGUCCCCUUACAAGGAUUUGUCAAGUCAUAGUUGCAGCCUCUAGGAAAAUCAGACAUAAAUUGCCUGAUGAUAACUCUCUUCUUCAUGAGACUGUAGAUGUAGAAUCUGUCAUCAAAGGGAGCCGCAAGCUUGAUCACACAACCCACUUCAAGUGUUUGGAUAAGGCAGCAGUAGAGACCCAAUCAGACCACAUGAAAGGUUUGCCAAGUCCUUGGAGGCUUUGCACAGUAACACAAGUUGAGGAACUCAAAUCAAUAAUCUGUUUGCUCCCAGUUUGGGCAUCAUUGAUUGCCUUUGCAACUGUAUACAGCCAAAUGAACACCAUGUUUGUUUUACAAGGCAACACAAUGGACCAACAUAUUGGUCCUCACUUCAAGAUCCCAUCAGCAUCCCUCUCCCUUUUCGACACUCUUAGUGUCAUCUUUUGGGCUCCAGUGUAUGACCGUAUCAUUGUUCCAUUUGUAAGGAGGUUCACUGGCCAUGAACAAGGAUUCACACAACUCCAAAGAAUGGGAAUUGGCCUUGUCAUUUCCACUUUUGCCAUGAUUAUUGCUGGCAUUUUGGAGGUUGUUCGCCUUGACAUAGUGAGGAAAAACAUCUACUAUGACCUUGAGACCAUUCCCAUGUCAAUUUUCUGGCAAGUACCCCAAUAUUUUCUUGUUGGAUGUGCUGAAGUUUUCACCAAUAUUGGUCAGCUAGAGUUCUUUUAUGGUCAGGCACCAGAUGCUAUGAGAAGCUUGGGUGUGGCUCUCGCACUCACAACUAAUGCCUUGGGAAAUUACAUUAGCACUCUGCUUGUCACUAUUGUGACAAAAGUCACCACAAGGCAUGGGAGGCUUGGUUGGAUUCCCGACAAUCUUAAUAGAGGCCAUCUUGACUACUUUUACUGGUUUUUGUCCAUUCUCAGCUUUCUCAACUUCCUUGUAUAUCUCUGGGUUGCAAAGAGGUACAGGUACAAGAAGGUGGCUGCAAAUACUCAUUGAAACAAUACAAGAGCUUGAGGUUGGAUUGGACAACUCUAUUUGCUGAGAUUAUUUCUAGUGGUUUUAUCUUGGCAUUUUACAUCAAUUUCUCUUAAAAAGUUAUAUUUGUAUAGGUGUUAUUUGGAGUGUUUUACCUUAAAAGUUCGGUUAAUUUUGCGGAUUUUCUUUUAGAACUCUCAGCUUCGUAUUUGAGAUUUGAGCCAAAAUAUCUUGGUCUCUAGGUACACAAUAUUUAACGGUGACUUUACCUAAAGCAAGAUAGCAUCCUGUUAAGUAUACAUGUAAUCUAGAUUCUCAAAAAUAUCUUUUGGGCUCAUCCAUGAUGAUUUUAAAGCAAAAAAGCUAAUUUGCCUU